AUGCGUAUACCCAAUAAAGCCAUUUCACGGGAACGUCACCCUUCUCCCACAACUGAAGAUUUAAUUGAAAAACUAAAUGGUGCUGCAUAUUUCUCAAAACUUGAUCUAAGUUCUGGGUACCAUCAACUAGCGUUAGAUGAAGCUUCGCGUGACAUAACUACAUUUGCAACUCAUGAAGGUCUCAAAAGAUAUAAACGUUUGAACUUUGGUACAAAUAGUGCUGCUGAGAUCUUCCAAAAUGUUAUUCAGACCACAUUCCAAGAUAUUGACGGUUGUAUAAACAUAAGCGACGACAUACUAGUUUUUGCCAGAACACAACAUGAACAUGACAUGACAUUAGAAUCUGUUCUACAGCGUGCUAAUGAAAAGAAUUUAAGCUUCAACGGUGAACAACGGGAAUUUGAUAAACCAAGCAUCACGUUUUAUGGUCAUGUUUUCUCGAAGCAUGGUAUAUCCCCAUGUCCUAAAAAGAUCGAAGCGAUCAAGUCUCUAAAACCUCCAGCGAAUGUUUCUGAACUUCGUAGCUAUUUAGGAAUGGUAACAUAUUGCGGCAAAUUUAUCCAAGAUCUUGCAACACUGACUGCCCCAUUACGUAAACUUAUAAAAAAGACAUAA